GAAAUAAAUUUCAAUUUUUUAAUCAUCUUCUUCCUUAUUCAUCGGCUUGUGGUCUGCACAAACCUCAGGAAAUGAAAAAAAGCUGGACGUGCAAAUCAUGACUCAGUGUAGCCACUAUAAGCCACCAGACGACGUGCAGUCCAUGCUUACUCUCUGUGACUCCGUAUAAGUAUUUAUCAUCUCUUUAGCCUUAAUACUUAGCCAUUUCUCAUUUUCUCUUCUUACUAAUCAACAUUUCAGGUCGGAAAAUAAAAUGGUGGCUGCAGUUCUUAUGCCAACGGUUAGCUUCAGAGACGAAAAUACUCGUGAGGACUGGCAAGUUCUAAGCAGAAUCGAUUCGAAGAAGAAGAUUCUGGUCAAGCAAACGAGUAUGAUGCAAUCCGAGAGAGAGAUAUCGAUGGACCCGAAAUCAAUCAGGUCGUUGUCUUUGUCAGGUUCGUUGAGAAGGAACGAUAGCUUCGAUAUGAUUCUCUUACCGGCUAUGUCACCUCCUAGAGAUUUAGAUUCGCCUACGCCUAUUCCGUUGCAGCCAGUGCAGACUAAGUAUGUGAGCCGUAGUCUCCCAAACUCAACUGCUGCUUCUCCUAGACAACGUUCGGGUCUGAUGCGGUCGCUCAAGAACAAGGAACAUGACCCAUCUUCGGCGUCAUACAAGAGAAGCAAAUCUUGUGGGGCUACUAGCAAGAGACUCUCUCUUAAGAGCAGCGGAAUUAGGAAUUCUUUCUUCAUCAAAACCGAAUCGAACAAGAGCAUCAGCAAUAAUAAUACAUUAGAAGACGGGUUCAAAUGCAACGCUCUUUGUCUAUACCUCCCCGGUUUCGGUAAAGGAAAACCGGUCAGAUCAUCACGGAAAGAUGAUUCUUCUUCCUACACCCAAACCACCACCACGACGAGAUCAUCAUCAUCGACCAUUACCGUUUCAAGAACCGUCUCAGUUAGAGAAUCUACCACCACCACCACAGUGAUCUCAGCUCGAGCUUCAAUGGAGAAAUUCGAUUGCGGCUCAUACACUUCGGAAUCAUGCGGAGAAGAAGGAGGAAAUCACUUCUAUGACUUACCGUCCGAGCUAAUCAAAAGUGGUUCUGGCGAUAACGACCAUGACGAUCCGGUUUCAGCGGCUUUCGUGUUCGACAAGGAACCUAUUGAGAAAGAGAUCAAAGGUGUUUUAAAGGUUUCUGGUUCGAAAAACAGAAAAUCAAUGGAGUCUUCUUCACUGCGCCAGGUUCGAUUCUCCACGUCAUCGCCCGUUUCAUACCCGACGUCUCCCGCGAUCUCUCCACGGUUGUUAGAAGCCUCCAAGAAUUUCAAUGCUUUCUUAGAUGCUCAAGCCGUUUGAAUGAUGAUGGAGUCUUCACUACAACAUAAGAUGUAAUAUACCAAAGUCAUGUUAUAUAUUUUUCUUUGGUAAUCAAUAUCGUUUUUUUCACAUCCAAGAACUCUAACAUUUUGACUACAUAUCGUUGAAUACUACAAUUCAAUAACGAAAA